AUGUUUGAAGAUAAUGAGAAAGACUUGAAAUCGACUAACGAAUUUGUGGAUAAUGGUUCCAAUUCAAGCAAUCAUACUGCCAAUGGCUCAUUUACGCCGAAGGAUAAAAUUGACAGUAAUGAACUUGAAAACCAUGAAACUCCUAAAGAUCCAGAUCAAAUUCCAUCUGCAAAUGAAAUUGUUGAAAAUUUGCCUACCUUGCCAGAAAAAUCUGCUAAAGAUUAUUUAUCUACUUCCUUUUUCUGUUUAUUAAUUGCUUUCGGUGGUUAUGUUUUCGGCUAUGAUACCGGUACAAUCUCAGGUUUUGUUAAUAUGACUGACUUUAAAAGGAGAUUUGGUAGUUUAGAUAAUGGUGAGUAUGUUUUAACCAAUAUUAGAACUGGUCUCAUUGUUGCAAUUUUUAAUAUUGGUUGUGCUGUUGGUGGUAUUUUUCUCUCCAAAAUAGGUGAUAUAUAUGGCCGUCGUGUUGGCCUUAUGUUUUCCAUGCUUAUUUAUGUUGUCGGUACUAUUAUUAUUAUUUCAGCUACCGAUAAAUGGUACCAAGUGGUAAUUGGUAGAGCCAUUACCGGGUUAGCUGUUGGUUGUGUUUCAGUUCUCUCGCCCAUGUUUAUUGGCGAGUCUGCACCUAAGGCAGUAAGAGGCACAUUGGUUUGUUGCUUUCAACUUUUUAUUACUUUGGGUAUUUUCUUAGGAUAUUGUACAACCUACGGUACUAAGGUAUAUGAUGAUUCUCGUCAAUGGAGAAUUCCACUGGGUUUAUGUUUUGCAUGGGCCAUAUUGUUGACUAUUGGUAUGGUUUGCAUGCCAGAAUCCCCUCGUUAUCUUAUUGAGAAAAACAAGAUCGAAGAAGCCAAAAAAUCCAUUGGUAUUUCUAAUAAGGUAUCUGCAGAAAACCCAGCUGUCUAUACAGAAAUUCAAUUAAUUCAGGCUGGUAUUGAUAGAGAAAAGUUGGCAGGUUCUGCUUCUUGGUCCCAAUUAAUAACUGGUAAACCAAGAAUAUUCAGUCGUGUUAUCACUGGUAUUGUCUUGCAAUCGAUUCAGCAAUUAACAGGUAACAAUUAUUUCUUUUAUUAUGGUACCACUAUUUUUCAAGCCGUUGGAUUAAAUGAUUCAUUCCAAACUUCCAUCAUCUUGGGUGUUGUUAAUUUUUGUUCAACAUUUGUCGGUAUUUACAGUAUUGAAAAAUUAGGAAGAAGAGUUUGUUUGUUAACAGGUUCUGUCGCGUGCAGCAUUUGUUUUAUUAUUUACUCAGUAUUAGGAUCUGUUGCCUUGUAUCCUGAAGGUUACGAUGGACCAACGGAUCAGCCAACAGGUAAUGCGUUGAUUUUCAUUACUUGUUUAUUCAUUUUCUCAUUUGCGUCGACAUGGGCUGGUGGUGUCUAUACUAUUGUAUCAGAGAUUUACCCAUUAAGAAUUAGAUCCAAGGCUAUGGCGGUAGCUACUGCUGCUAACUGGAUCUGGGGGUUCUUGAUUUCUUUCUUCACUCCUAUGAUCACUGCCAAUAUUCAUUUCUAUUACGGUUUUGUUUUCACAGGUUGUUUGAUCUUUUCAUUCUUUUAUGUUUACUUCUUUGUUUAUGAAACUAAAGGGUUGUCAUUGGAAGAGGUCGAUGAAUUAUAUUCUCUGAAGACACCAGCAUGGAAAUCCUCUGGUUGGGUACCACCAUCUACAGAUAAUAUGGCGCAUCAUACUGGGUUUGCAUCGGAAGCUAAACCUUCUGAUGAACAAGUCUAA